UUUUGCAUUGUGCGUGUAAGAAAAGAAACCAAUAGGAUGAUGUUCAUGAGGCUUUCUCUAGCAAUUGUUUGUGUCGUAAGCUUGGCCAUAUUCCACGUCUCCCUUGCCCAGAACUCCCCACAAGACUACCUUAAUGCGCACAAAGCCGCUCGUGCAAGCGUUGGUGUCGGGCCAAUGAGAUGGGAUGCGAAGGUAGCUUCUUAUGCGCGGAACUACGUUAACAAACUCAAAGGCAGCUGCAAGCUUGUGCAUUCAGGAGGGCCUUAUGCCGAGAACCUUGCAUGGGGUAGCACUGAGUACCUUUCGCGCACAGCUGCUGUGAACAUGUGGGUGGCAGAGAAGCCAAAGUAUGACUACAACUCCAAUUCCUGUGUCAGUGGGGAGUGCCGCCACUACACUCAGGUGGUUUCGAGGAACUCCGUGCGCUUGGGGUGUGCUAAAGUACGAUGCAACAGCGGGGGCACCAUUAUCAGUUGCAACUAUGACCCCCCAGGCAACUAUGUCAAUCAACAUCCCUAUCUAAGAGUUCUUCAACAACCUCUGGUCUUUUUUGACGUUUAG